GCAGCCAGCACCCCCUCGGCUCGGUCUCGGUGGCCCCCGCGGUGGACAUGGUGGGCUUCGCCGUCCCCGCAGAAGUCAGCGUGCUCCUCCUGGAUAUCGAAGGCACGACAACACCCAUCGCGUUUGUCAAGGAUACUCUGUUUUCCUACAUUAAAGACAACAUCCGAGAGUACCUUCGUGCACACUGGGAGGAAGAGGAGUGCCAAGAAGACGUCGGCCUUCUGAGAAAACAGGCUGAAGAAGAUGCUCACAUGGAUGGAGCGGUGCCCAUCCCGCUGGAGACCAGGGAUGGAGAGGAGGAGGUGGAGCGCAUCAUCCAGGCCGUCAUAGACAACGUCCACUGGCAGAUGUCUUUAGACAGGAAGACGACCGCCUUGAAGCAGCUCCAAGGCCACAUAUGGAGGGCAGCGUACGAAAACGGCCGCCUGAAGGGAGAGUUCUUUGAUGAUGUGGUUCCAGCAGUGAGGAAAUGGAGAGAAGCAGGGAUGAAAGUUUACAUCUAUUCCUCUGGGAGCGUUGAGGCGCAGAAGCUCUUUUUUGGGAACUCUACGGAAGGCGAUAUUUCCGAGCUCUUUGAUGGCCACUUUGACACCAAAAUAGGCCCGAAAGUGGACAGCGAGAGUUACCAGAGGAUUGCCGCAAGCAUUGGGUGUUCCACAAGCAACAUACUGUUCUUGACGGAUGUCACUCGGGAGGCAGAUGCCGCAGAAGAAGUUGACAUGCACGUGGCGAUAGUAGUCCGGCCGGGCAACGCAGGCCUGACAGACGACGAGAAAUCUUACUAUAGACUCAUAACCUCUUUCAACGAACUCUUCUUGCCGUCCUCCACUUAAAGAAGCAAAUUUCUGCGUUUCUGUUAAGAAAAGAAAGAAAGGAUGAUAUGGGAGCGACGCCUGACCGAAAUCCUCCUUGUACUAUAAUACGGUAGUUUUUUGCUGGUGACAUGAGUUUUGGAAUUGAGAGCAUUGGGAUCCUUGGCCUUCCAGUGACAGGAAUUUUAAACCCGGUGUGGUCGAGACAUCUGCUGGUGUUGCGGGCACACCUCGGACCCAGCGGCUGCGAAGCCCUGGUUGUCAGCACAACCUUGCUUUGGAUUUGCACGUGGAAGUCACGCAAACCACCAGGAGGAUGUUGUCCAUGGAAGGCCUUCUCGAGACGAAGGGGGCUGCCGAAGUUUACCCGCAGCCGCCGUUCAUCUCCAGAGGCUCCUGUGUAGGAGAUCCUCGCCGUGGGUUGUGCCCAGCAUGUUUACCUCAGACACACAUUCCCUUAGCUUCAUUCUCUCCUGCAAAUAAUAAACAAGUCUUUUAAGUUU